GGUGUUCCGCUUCGAUUAGAGAUUGGACCUCGAGAUUUAACAAAAAACCAAACUCUUUCUGUUCGCCGUGAUAAUGGUGUUAAGGAUCCUAUUCCAUUAGAUAAGCUUACAACCUGUGUUCCAGAUAUACUUAAUACGAUCCAAAAGGACAUGUUUGAAAGAGCAAAAAAAAUAUAUGACGACCAUGUUAAAGUUAUACAUAAGUGGGAGGAUUUUGUUCCAGCUCUCGAUAGUAAAAACGUUGUACUUGUUCCCUGGUGUGAACAAGAACAUUGUGAAGAUAAAAUCAAAGAAAAAAGUUCAAGAAGGCAACAAGAACCUGAAGACGAUAAAGCUCCAUCAAUGGGUGCCAAAUCACUUUGCAUUCCCUUUGAACAACCAACCGAACCUCCUAUCGUGCCUAACGAAACAAAAUGUAUAUCUUGUGACGGAUUUGCAAAAAGAUACGCAUUAUUUGGCAGAAGUUAUUAA